UAACUGCUUUUAGCUUUGAAGUUUGCUGUGUACACUACUUCAGUUUUGUGAAAUUACAAAUUUGUUUUGUAUUUGUUCUAAAUUCUAGGUUUAUCUGUUAAAAAUAUAGUACUAUUUUAUAAGUGAAUUGUUUACACUAUUCUAAAAUAAUAGAUAGCCAUCGCAAAUAAAGUUACUUUAGUCAUAAUUGGCAAGCAUAAUGAUAAUUCCCGUUCGAUGUUUUACUUGUGGAAAAGUUAUUGGGAAUAAGUGGGAGGCAUAUUUGGGUUUAUUACAAGCGGAAUACACUGAAGGUGAUGCUUUGGACGCACUGGGACUGAAAAGAUAUUGCUGCCGAAGAAUGCUGUUAGGACAUGUAGAUCUGAUUGAGAAGUUACUUAACUAUGCCCCAUUGGAGAAAUAAAACUGAAUAUAUUAUAUUAUAAGUAACUAUUAAGAGUAAAUUUAUGUAAGUAAGAUUAUUUGAAAUAAAUUGUGUGAAUAAAA